AUGCCGCCUCUGUUGCGCCCACGAGAGCUCGAUGGCACAACAAGGGCCAAUCUCGACCGUCUUGGUGUCGCUUACAUUGUUGUCGCCGUAUUGUACACGCUGAUACUGAGUGUCGAGCUUUUCUUCCUCCAUCGACGUAGGGAGGCUUUUUGUUUGCAGAUACGGAAUAUCAAGAUCGUUUUUGCAGCGGUGCUUAUGCUGCACAUCUAUCUCAUCCUUGUCCUACUCGUCUACCCGUGGAACGGUCUCUUCCCAUGCUCAGCCGAGUUUUGGAUCAUGUCAGUAUUUCUUCCAUCUGGCAUGGCAUUUUUCCAAGCAUGCAAUGCCAAGGUGCUCACGGCCUACGAGAGCCAGCGCCGUAUGACACGCAACUUUCUGGAGGGUGCGCGCAAGAAGCGGAUGUCGUAUACCCCACUCGGCCUUCUUGAAGCGUGGCGCGAUCUCGAUGCGGCGAAGAAAGUAUACUUUGGUACUUUGGUCGGACUAGUCCUUUCGUUCCUGCCCGCUAUUAUGCUGUUCUUCGGCUCUCGCCGCUUUCACGACGCGUACGGUUUCUUCGGAGUUCCUACUAAUUACAUUGAAUGCCGAAGAGGAGGCGAAUGGAUUCCGUCGAUCUUUGUGCAGCUAUUCUGGACAAUGAUGGUUGGUCCGUGGAUACUAUGGAAGAUCCGCAACAUCAAGGACGUUCACUCGUGGGCCUGGCAAACGAGACUUGCCAUCAUUGCUGGUCUUCCAGGAACGCCACUUUGGAUCGCCUUCACGUACUCAAAGAUGCACCAGAUCCAGCAAAUCAACAAGGUCUUUGCACCAGCCGGGUGGUUUAUACCAUCACUAGUCGUUUGCCAACAGGUUCUCAUCAUCAUACCACUGCGAGACGCACUGAGGGCCCAACCGAACAGACGAUCAUCAAUCUCCGACACCGAUUCGCUCACCUCCAACCACUCGCAAUUAUCCGGGAAAUCGACUACCAUGAUCUACACCAAGGAGAUCAAAGCCAAAUCGUCGAUGCAGUCAUUGGAGUUCACCAUUGAGCAGAAUAUCGAGCCCCUCAUCGCCUGGGCUGCUGCGCGCGAGUUCACAGCCGAGAACUGCAUCUUCCUCCGUGAAGUGCGCAACUUCAGGAAGAAGUGGGGCAGCCUCAAGGUCGUUACCACCGCUCAACGGCGACAGAUGUUCAACGAGGCGUCUCUGCUUUUCUACACGCUUAUUAACCCCUUCACCGCCGAGGCACCGAUCAACAUCGAAUACAAGAUCUUCAAGACUCUACAAAACAUGUUCGCGGAAGUCGAGUUCGACCCGUAUAUGCCGCGUGCCCAGACACCAGAGGAAGCUAAGUCACCCGUCGCCAGAGACAAUGUCGUAUGCCCAUGGGAGGACACCUUAAGCCGGCCAGCGAGUAUCGACUCCAACAUCACAUCGUCCUCAACAUCGAGCACCAGGUCAAUAGUCCCGAGCGAGUUCACAGAGGAAGUCUUUGAUCCCGCCUUUGAGAGCAUCAAAUACCUCGUCUUCACCAACACCUGGCCGCGCUACGUGGAGCUCGCAGGCAAGCUUCCAUCGGCAUGA